AUGGCAAUGUUCAUAGCUAUUGCUGCCGCUCUUGAUUCUAUAGGAAUGAUCGGUAAUUUUCAUUCUUUGAUAGUAGGUUACAAUUUUGAGCCUUCUGAUCAGAGUUUGCUCGAGGAUUUUCUCUUUAAUAAGAUCUACGGAUACAAAUAUCUUCAAGGUCCUGUAUCCGAUUGUGAUCUCUACGGCCAUAGCGAACCUUGGGAAAUUUGUGAAUCUUUUGGUGGUAUCGAUGGUGAAGAUCUUUAUUUCUUCACUAAGCUCAAUAGGUCAACGAACAACUCUGGACAAUUAUCAGCUCAUGUCACUCGAAAGGUUGGCUUAGCCGGUGGCAAUUGGAGCGGGGAGAAUACACCCGAAUCUAUUUUUUCAACUAAAUAUCAAAGAGACUUCGGCUAUUGCAAACGUUUCCGGUACGAGAACGAUCGACUUCCAGCUAACCAUGCUGAAUGGAUCAUGCACGAAUAUAGCCUACAUGAGGAUUGCAUACUCAAAGUUAUGGCACCCAAGACGAUCUACAAGUUGCCUUGCAGACGAAAGAUAACCACCAACCAAGAUACUAGCAAUGUGCCUUCGAUUCUUGAGAUGACCACCAACCAAGAUAAUAGUAAUGUGCCUUCGAUUCCUGAGAUGACCACCAACCAAGAUACUAGUGAUGUCCUUUGGGUGCCUAAGACGGCCACUCAUGAAGUCAUGAGUGAUGUGUUUUUCUUGCCUCAGAUGGCUAACUAUGAUGACAUGAUUGAUGUAUUUGACUUGCCUGCGAUGCCCAUUGCUCAUGAUACUAGUGAUGUGCCUGACAUCCUAUAA